AUGGAAUACCAACUCAACACUACCCUAUUCUUCUUCCUCUCAACAACAGUCUUACUGGCUUCCACCACCGCCGGCCACCCUUUCUUCCCUUCUCCCGAAGACACCGACUUCAUUCGUUCAAGCUGCAAGACAACUCUGUACCCGGACACAUGCUUCACCUCUCUCUCUGGCUACUCCGGCACUGUUCACCAUGACCCCGGCCGCCUCGCCAAGGUGGCUAUUCAUGUAGCUCUAUACAACGCCACCGACAUGGGCAAUUAUGUAUCCAACCUAUCCCUACACUCAGACUACAGAAACACCAAGGAAACCGCCGCUAUACACGACUGCUCAUCGUUGUUCCAAGACGCUGUAGACGAAAUCCAGGAUUCGUUCAAUGAAAUGAAGCGGCUUGGUUGGACGGGGGAGUCGGUGAAGUUCCAGCUAAGUAACGUGCAGACGUGGAUGAGCGCAGCCUUGACCAACGAAGAGACGUGUACGGAUGGGUUUGAGGAGGUGGCCGACGGCGACAUGAAGGCGGACGUUUGUAGUCGUGUGGUGGCGGUUAAGGAGGUGACGAGUAACGCUUUGGCGUUGGUUAACCAUUAUGCAGAUAAUGUAGCGGCGUUGGGUUGA